AUGGAUGACGAUUCUGACUACGAGGAUGAUGAAUCCAACAACUUGGCAUUAUUAUUGUAUUUUCCUAGACGACAGCGAAUAUUCAAACCACGGCCUGAUCAUUUCACUUAUUGGAGGGAUAAUGAAUCCUUUAACAGAUUUCGAUUAUCCAAAAAUACAGUCCAUUUCUUAGUUGAUUUGAUAGGCGAACGCAUCUGUUCUCCUACUAAUUGGAAUCAUGCUGUAAGUCCAGAACAUAAAUUACUCCUUACAUUACGCUAUUAUGCAACGGGCUCCAUGUUGAUUGUUUGCGGUGAUUUCAUAGGAAUUCAUAAAUCAACAGCCAGCCGUAUAGUGAAGCUUGUCUCACAUUAUGUUCCGAUUUUAUUCAUUUUCCAAGGAAUGAAGAUGACAUAUAAAAGGUGA